AUGCCGUCCACUUCGGCACUCAACCCCGCUCCCUCGCUCGCCGACCUCCAACGCGGCGGCGCACAACCACCCCCUCUACCACCCUCCACAACACCUCAACACCCAGCAUUCGGUCAAUCUCUCCGUCGUCGUCGUCGAUCCUCCCACUCAUCUCAUGACUCGCACGACUCGCAUGGAUCGCACGAAUCGCACUCUUCGCACUCAUCCUAUGCAGCUCGGCAUCCGGACCGGGUUCCGCAGAAAGCCGCCUCGCCCAACAAGGCAUUCCUCAGCGUGCUUGGGUUGCUCGGCUUGAUACUGGCGUACACGCUCAUCGGCGCGUGGCUGUUCAUCAAGGGGUUCCUGCUGACGAGGCACGAGCUGGACGGGUGGAACGAGUGCGCGAAGCCAGCAGAGGCGGGAUGGACGCUGCCGAGGCCUCCGGAGCGGCUCGAUGAUGAGGCGGUGUUGAGCUGGGCGGAUACGGUGUUGGAUGCGGAGAAGGGGGAGGGGGAAUGCAGGAUGGUGGCGGGGAAGAGGAAGGCGGUGGUGUUGGUGAUCGAUGCGCUGCGGUACGACUUUAUCGCCCCGACGCCCAUGGAAGGGGGAAGCGUUUGGGAGCCGAAUCCGUACUAUCACAACAUUCUAACGCUCCCAGCAGAGUUGACUGCGAAACACGGCAUCCCAGCGUUCGCCGACAGACCAGGCCCAACCUCGUUCCUGGCUCAUUUCGCCGCAGAUCCACCCACCACGACCCUGCAACGCCUCAAGGGGCUCACCACAGGCACGCUGCCGACGUUCGUCGAAGCAGGUGCCAACUUUGGCUCCGCCGGCACCGGUGUUGGUCAGGUCAACGAAGACAACUGGAUCUCCCAAUUCAGGCGAUCCAUUCUCAACUCUUCUUCUGUCAGCUCCAGCGCUGCCGGACUGGUGUUCGCAGGCGACGACACGUGGAGCACCGUCUUCCCGAACCUUUUCGACGCCGACAAGACGUGGAGCUACGACUCGUUCAACGUCGAAGACCUCGACACGGUGGAUCGCGGUGUCGAGGCCAAGCUAAUGCCUUUUCUCCAGCAGAAUCAUCCGGAGCGCGUGGCAGGGGUGCACGAUUCGUGGCGUCUGCUCGUGGGGCACACGUUGGGGGUGGAUCAUGUUGGGCAUCGAUACGGUGCGGGACAUCCGAAGAUGAAGGUCAAGCUGGAGGAGAUGCAGGAUUUGCUGAGGAAUGUUACAGAAGCGGUGGAUGAGGAGACGUUGGUGGUGGUUAUGGGCGAUCACGGGAUGGACGAGAGGGGGGACCACGGCGGGGAUGCAGAGCUGGAAGUAGGAGCGGGCAUCUGGAUCUACUCCAAAGGCGGAUUCGGUCACACCGGUCGCCGAAGGGAUCUGCGACAAGACCCAGCAGAGUACGUGUCGACACCAGAGGUCGAAUCCAUCCUACCGAGUCGCAUCCCAUUCAGCUCCCUCCCCUCUCCCCCUUACCCGAGCACCGGCCACCGCACCAUCCCGCAGAUCGACCUCGUCCCCACCAUCUCCGUCCUCCUCGGUCUACCCAUCCCGUACAAUAACCUCGGCAGCAUCAUCCCGGACCUCUUCGCCCACCCGGACACCCUGCUGAGAGCGUUGCGAAUCACCUCGAGACAGAUGCGCGAGUACCUGAGUGCGUACUCGCGGCGAUCGCCGGAUCUCGCCGCGUUCCAGCCGGAGUUCGAUCGACGUUGGUUGGAAGCGGUCAGGGCGGAUGCGGAUCUGGCGCGGCUGCUGUAUUCCAAAAGCGGCGCGGAAGAGGUAGAGGAGGCGUGGAGGGCGGCGGCGAGGGGAUACCAUGCGUUCAACAGGGUGAGCUUGGUGAGGGCGAGGGAGGUGUGGGCGCAGUUUGAUGCGGUGCGGAUCGUGGUAGGGUUGGUGGUGAUGGUGUUGGGGUUGGGUGUGGCGUGGGUGGUGCGGUGUGGUGCGAUGAGGGGGUUGGUGGGCGUGCUGCCUGCUGUUGCCGAAGAGGAAGAAGAUGGAGAAGGGCAGCAGGACGAGGUGGUGAGGAGGAGUAGGACGACGGAAGAGCUUUAUGCGGUGGUGUGGAGGUGCGUUGCUCGUUCGACGCUCGUCGGGGCGGGUGUGGGAGCGGCGGUGCAUGGAACAACGUUCUUGCCUCUCCCGCUGGUUCUGACGUCGAUCCUCAAACCGCUGACCCUCGUCGAUACUGUUCUGACAGGCGCAAGCGUGGCCUCCUCCCUCUCGCUAGUCCUCCGACACCUUCCAUCCACUCUCGCAUAUUCAGCCCAACGCCGCCUCCUCCGCCAUCUCGGGUGGUUCAUCGUCAUCAUCUCAUUCUUGCCUGUCCCGCUGGCCCUCACGGGUAUGAUCAGAUCGCCGACUCUCUCCGACGCCGUUCUGACAUGCGCAAGCGUCGUCUUUUCUAUCCCGCUACUCUUCCGAGCCCUUCCAUCCACCCCGCAACGACCUGCGUCUCAAGCCAACGACAACGACAACGCCAUCCCAUCCACCACUCGCCUCCUCAACUCCCUCGGCUGGGUUGUUGUGCUCAUCCACACCGCGCUGUUUGCCUCCAACUCGCUGCUGGUAUUCGAAGACCGAUUCGUGCUGCUCACGCUCGCCUCGCUCCUGCUCAUCCGCGGUCUUCUACUCGUCGGAUCCUCCCCCACCACUCGACUCAGACUCCGCCACAUCUUCCUCACGCUUCUCUCGCUCAUCCUCGUGCGUCUCGCCGCCAUUCCCCGCGUCUGCAGGGAAGAACAAGCCCCGCACUGCACAAACACGUUCUUCGCCUCCUCCUCUUCCACUGGAUCCGCUCUCAACUCGCCCUACAUCAUCGCUCUAGCGUACAUCAUCGCAUACCUGCUGCCGGAUGUUGUGGGUAGAGUGUUGGCGCAGAACAAGAGCUUUGUCGGGAUCGCACCGGGAUUCUUCCGGUGGGUGGUGAGGCCGACGCUGAUGAUCGGUGCGGGCCAGUGGGCGUUGGACUACGCGGUACCCUUGGACUCGGUGCAGGCUUCGGGUUGGGGUGGCACGUUGGAGUGGUUGAAGUACGGGAUGGUCAAGGUGGACUUGGUGUGGAUCGCGGUGGCGGUGGUGUUCUGGGUGUUUGCACCGCUGUGUUUGGAGAUCCGCAGGGAAACCACUCAAGCCGGGGAGGGAGGUGAGGAGGGGAAGCAGCAGCAGAAGGUGACGAUCUUGGGGUUCGCCAAUAGCUUCGGUAGCAGCUUGACGUUGAUGCUGGGAGUAGGGGUGAGUUUGAUCUGGUUGACGACGCAGCCUAGUGGACAGGUGGGGUUGGGGUUGGGCGUGGUGGUGGGGAUGGUGUGCGUCGAGAUGGGGGAUGCGGAGAGGGAUGUGGUUGUGUUGUUCCGUCAGAAGAAGGCUGCGGACGAGACCGCGCAGACGACACCCUCUUCGCCGAUCCACUUGAGCUCGACGGAGAUCGUUGCGUACACGCUCCUCUCCCAGCUGCUCUUCUUCUCGACGGGUCACCAAGCCACCUUCGCCUCGAUCCAAUGGCGCACCGCGUUCCUCACCUCCCCCACCCUAACCUACCCGCUCUCCCCUCUCCUCGUCCUACUCAACUCCUUCGGCACCACCCUCCUCCUCCCUUCGCUCCUCACCGCCCUCUCCGUCCUCUGGAACACCGCACCGCUCCCGCGCGGAAGCAACCGACGCAUGUCGACCCCACAGCAGCUGCUCUCCGCACUGGCGACACUGGCGCUGAUCAACGGCAUCGUGCUGGUGGGCACGGCAGGGUUGAGCGGCCUGGUGUUCAGGAGGCAUCUGAUGUUGUUCAAGGUGUGGACGCCGAGGGUGCUCGUGGCGGUGGUGAACGGGGUGGGUGGGCAGGUGGUGGCGGUGGCGGUGACGACGGCGGUCUGGCAGGUGGCGAAUAAGGUGGGCAGCGUGUUUGGGAGCGAAUUCGCAUAA